AUGACUCUCACCGGAAGCUGCCUCUGCGGCAAUAUCACCUACACCGCUGAGACCGAUGAGUACCUGAAAGCGCUCUGCCACUGCACUGACUGUCAGAAGUGGACCGGUGGCGCCUUCACCUCCAACGCAGUCGUUCCCCGCGAGAGCUUCAAAGUCACCAAAGGAACACCCUCCUCAUAUGACGUUGUUGGUGCCAGCGGAAAGAUCAACAAGCACUUCUUCUGUCCGACCUGUGGAUCCAGCUUGUACACUGAGCUCGAAGUCAUGGCCGAUAAGACCGUGAUCAAGGCGGGUACUUUGGACAACGGCGACACCAACCUGGGUGGGAAGGUGGAUAUUGAGUUCUACGUCAAGGAUCGACCCUCGUAUCUGGCUGCUGUAGAGGGCGCCAAGCAGGAGCCGCGCUUUGGUUAA